GCUGGGCUUCCGGGCCACCGGAAGCGGCUGAGGGAGAGCAAGAGGCUGCGACUGUAGGGUUUGUGGGAGCAGGUCAGGGUUAAGAGACGCAGGCAUGCUGCGUCCUAAGGCUUUGACGCAGGUGCUAAGCCAAGCCAACACUGGAGGAGUCCAAAGCACCCUGCUGCUGAAUAAUGAGGGAUCGUUGCUGGCCUACUCCGGUUAUGGGGACACAGAUGCCCGGGUCACCGCGGCCAUCGCCAGUAACAUCUGGGCCGCAUACGAUAGGAACGGGAACCAAGCGUUUAAUGAAGACAGUCUCAAAUUUAUCCUCAUGGACUGCAUGGACCAGAGGAACCCUGGGGAAGGCAGGAACCAAGGAUGUCAAGCAGAAUGUCCCAGUGUAUUAUGUCAUUCCCACCAGGAGGGCCGUGUAGCCAUUACCAGGGUGGCCAACCUUCUGCUAUGUAUGUAUGCCAAGGAGACUGUAGGCUUCGGGAUGCUCAAGGCCAAGGCCCAGGCCUUGGUGCAGUACCUGGAGGAACCCCUCACCCAAGUAGCAGCCUCAUAAUAGUGUGAUGGAGGCUGGAGUGGAAAAGGGAUGGUGACUGGGAAGAGCAGGGCCCCGGAAAUGCCUCACUGGGCUGGGUGAGGGGUUGCUUUUUUCUAAAUAAAUUUUCAACUCUU